UUUCUGCAGUGUUAAAAAUACCCAGCAUUCCCCUUGUUGUUGCAUUCAAGGUUACGCUGGAUACAGAAGUAUGUGUGCAACACGUUGAGGAAGUCUCGCUGGACGAGGGCAAUGACCUGAAAGUCAAGCUGCAGCUGCACCGGAGCAAACAGGUGCUCACAUGUACGGCCGAGAGGAAGCUUCGAAUGCGUGUGAUGGGAUAUUAAAUCAAAAAGCAGCAAAAGACGAAUCAUAAGAGUCAUCUUGAGAACAUGGCGUGUAAACCAACACACGGGAACCUUUAUGCUUGAACGUACGAUCCAGAAGCAGAAUUACUCAAUUAAAUGUUAGUCAGGAGCCAAUGGCAUGUUGGAGAGGCGUUCAAGGGAUGGGGCUCAGUGCCACGUGCCAAGUGUACCAAGUACACACAGAACUUGAAUUGGACCCAAGUUGAAGUAAAUAAAUUCCCAUCUGAAGAAUUUGGAGUCACGUUUCCUUUUUGCCUGCAGGCUAACACGGUGAUCACCUGAGUGAGUAAAUAAGUCACGUUCUGUUAGUGGGGAUGCAGCCGUCCCGCAGGUGAAGUAUUUGCCCUGCCGAGGUCACCGGCCUUUUACGCAGCACAAACCGACAGGACACUUACCCUCAAACACACACACUCUGACCCCGAGGCCCGGCUAGUUCCGUCCAAUAAGAAGGCGGGACUCGCCGACGAGAGACUCAGUGUGCCGCCGCAACGAUCAGCCGGCCGACCACCGAAUGUCCGGCUGCGGGACUUAAGUAGGAGGACUUCAAGGAAGUUAAGAUUUCUGUUAGAAAGGAAAGGUGUAGAGGAGACAACAUGCCGAGUGGAUCUGUGAAAUUGCAAAGUAUAAAAAAACUGGGACAUGAAAACCACAGCUACGACUUCUCCAAUGAAGAACCAGCUGGCUCCAAGAAUGCCGCAACAAGUUCUAAGGGAGAUGGGAAAAACCAGGAAGAUGCAGAUCUACCUGCGAUACGGGUCGGCUUCUUCCAGCUGUUCCGCUUCGCCACGCGCAACGACGUGCUGAUGAUGGUGGUGGGCUCGCUGUGCGCCGUGGUGCACGGCUCGGCCCAGCCCCUCAUGCUGCUGGUGUUCGGCCUGCUCACCGACACCUUCAUCGAGUACGACAUCGAGCUCAACGAGCUGAAGGACGCCAGGAAGGAGUGCGUGAACAACACCAUCCAGUGGAAGAGGAACUACACGGCGGCGCCGUGGGACUGGAGCUUAAUGAACAAUUCAACGUGGGAGAUGCUCACGCCGCUGAGGAACAGGACAUGUGGGAUCCUCGACAUUGAACAUGAAAUGACCAAUUUUGCCUACUAUUAUGUUGGAAUUGCAGCGGCUGUGUUCCUGCUCGGGUACUUUCAGGUGGCGCUGUGGGUGGCGGCCGCCGCCAAGCAGAUACGAGUCAUCAGGAAAAUGUACUUCAGCAAAGUGAUGAGGAUGGAGAUCGGCUGGUUCGACUGCACCUCGGUGGGGGAGCUCAACACUCGCAUGUCAGACGACAUCAACAAGAUCAACGACGCCAUUGCGGACCAAGUUUCCAUGUUCCUGCAGCGCUUCACCACCUUCGUGUGCGGCUUCUGCAUCGGCUUCGUGAAAGGGUGGAAGCUGACGCUGGUCAUCGUCGCAGCGAGUCCACUGAUCGGUCUGGCAGCCGGUCUCAUGGCGAUGUUCGUGGCGAGGCUAACAGGCUUGGAGCUUCAGGCCUACGCCAAAGCCGGAGCCAUAGCCGACGAGGUCCUCUCCUCCAUCAGGACUGUGGCUGCUUUCGGUGGGGAGCAAAAAGAAGUGCAAAGGUACGACAGGAACCUGAUCUCAGCGCAGCGCUUGGGCAUCAGGAAGGGUCUGAUCAUGGGCUUCUUCACCGGAUACAUGUGGCUGAUCAUCUUUCUGUGCUACGGUCUGGGCUUCUGGUACGGCUCCAGUCUGGUGGUGGACACUGAGGAGUACUCACCAGGAACACUACUACAGGUGUUCUUCGGUGUUCUGAUAGCAGCCAUGAAUUUGGGGCAGGCCUCCCCAUGCCUGGAGGCAUUUGCUGCAGGCCGUGGAGCUGCCACCAUCAUCUUCGAGACCAUUGAAAAAGAGCCGGAGAUUGAUUGUCUAUCUGAGGCUGGAUACAAGCUCGACAAGGUCAAGGGAGAUAUUGAGUUUCACAAUGUGACCUUCCACUACCCCUCCAGACCUGAAGUCAAGAUCCUGGACCAGCUCAGCGUUCCAGUGAAGUCAGGGGAGACCACAGCCUUCGUCGGGCCGAGCGGAGCCGGGAAGAGUACCGCCAUCCAGCUCAUCCAGCGCUUCUACGACCCUAAAGAGGGCAUGGUGACCCUGGACGGCCAUGACAUCCGAGGACUGAACAUCCAAUGGCUGCGCUCGCUGAUUGGCAUCGUGGAGCAGGAGCCCGUGCUGUUUGCCACCACCAUUUCUGAGAACAUACGCUACGGUCGACCCGGCGUCUCAAAGGAAGACAUCAUUGCCGCCACAAAGCAGGCCAACGCCUACGACUUCAUCAUGGACCUGCCGCAGAAAUUCGACACCUUGGUGGGAGAGGGUGGAGGUCAGAUGAGCGGCGGCCAGAAGCAGCGUAUCGCCAUCGCCCGAGCACUGGUCAGGAACCCUCGCCUCCUGCUGCUGGACAUGGCAACCUCCGCCCUCGACAACGAGAGCGAGGCCUUGGUUCAAGAGGCUCUGGAUAAAGUACGCGUGGGCCGCACCACCAUCUCCAUCGCCCACCGCCUAUCCACCAUCAAGAACGCCGACGUGAUCGUGGGCUUCGAGCGCGGCCGCGCCGUGGAGCGGGGCAAGCACGGCGAGCUGCUGGAGAGGAAGGGCGUCUACUUCACGCUGGUCACGCUGCAGAGCCAGGGCGACGAGGCUCUGAACGAGAAGGCCCGGCAGAUGGCGGACAACGAAAAAGAGCCGGCGAGGCUGAAUCUCUCCAGAGCAGGCAGCUACCGGGCCAGUUUCAGAGCGUCUCUUCGCCAGCGUUCCCGAUCCCAGCUGUCCAAUCUGGUCCCGGAGUCUUCCGUCCCCAUGGUCGGAGAGCUCGGCCCCAGAGCCUACUCCGUGUCGCAGGCGGACAAAUUCUCGAACGCCGUCCCGGAGGACGAGGAGGAGCCAGUGGAGCCCGCUCCCGUCACCCGGAUCCUGAAGUACAACCUGCCCGAGUGGCCCUACAUGGUGUUUGGGUCCGUCGGUGCCGCCAUAAACGGAGGGGUCAACCCCGUCUACUCCCUGCUGUUCAGUCAAAUCCUGGCGACAUUCUCCAUCAUAGAUCCCGUGCUUCAGAGGAAGGAGAUCGAUGGCAUCUGCCUGUUCUUCGUCGUGGUCGGCGUGGUGUCUUUCUUCACCCAGAUGCUGCAGGGAUACGCGUUCUCCAAGUCCGGAGAGCUGCUGACCCGCAGGUUACGGCGGCUCGGCUUCCAGGCCAUGCUGGGCCAAGAGAUCGGCUGGUUCGAUGAUCACAAGAACAGCGCCGGAGCUCUGACAACCCGCCUGGCGACCGACGCCUCGCAAGUUCAAGGAGCCACGGGCUCGCAGAUCGGCAUGAUCGUCAACUCUCUGACCAACAUCGGCGUGGCCGUCAUCAUGUCCUUCUUCUUCAGCUGGAAGCUCACGAUGGUCAUCCUGUGCUUCCUGCCGUUCAUCGCCCUGUCGGGCGGCUUCCAGGCCAAGAUGCUCACGGGCUUCGCCAAGCAGGACAAGGAGGCGAUGGAGAUCGCCGGACAGAUUUCCGGUGAGGCGCUGAACAACAUCCGCACCAUCGCAGGCCUGGGCAAAGAGAGGCUGUUUGUGGACGCGUACGAGGCCCAGCUGGACGCGCCGUACGAAGCGGCCAUCAAGAAGGCCCACGUGUACGGGGCCUGCUACGGGUUCUCCCAGUGCGUCAUCUUUUUGACAAACUCCGCCUCCUACAGGUUCGGAGGGUACUUGGUGCAACAGGAGGGGCUCCACUUCAGCCUGGUGUUCAGGGUCAUCUCGGCCAUCAUCACCAGCGGCACGGCCCUCGGCAGAGCCUCCUCCUUCACGCCGGACUACGCCAAGGCCAAGAUCUCGGCGGCGCGUUUCUUCACGCUGCUGGACCGCGUGCCUCUGAUCAGCGUCUACAGCGACAAGGGAGACAAAUGGGAAAACUUCAAAGGGCACAUCGAGUUCAUUGACUGCAAGUUCACCUACCCCACCAGGCCCGACAUGCAGGUCCUGAAUGGGCUGAACGUGUCGGUGAAGCCGGGCCAGACGCUCGCCUUCGUGGGCAGCAGCGGCUGCGGGAAGAGCACCAGCGUGCAGCUGCUGGAGAGGUUCUACGACCCCGACCAGGGCCGAGUGCUGAUUGACGGCCACGACUCGACCCAGAUCAACGUGUCCUUCCUGCGCUCCAAGAUUGGCAUCGUGUCCCAGGAGCCCAUCUUGUUCGACUGCAGCAUCGAAGAGAACAUCAAGUACGGCGACAACUCGGGCGAUAUCGGCAUCGAUGAGGUCAUCUCGGCCGCCAAGAAGGCUCAGCUCCACGACUUCGUCGUGUCACUUCCGGAGAAAUACAACACAAACGUCGGCGCCCAGGGCUCUCAGCUGUCUCGCGGUCAGAAGCAGCGUAUCGCCAUCGCCAGGGCGAUCAUCCGCGACCCCAAGAUCCUGCUGCUGGACGAGGCCACGUCCGCCCUGGACACGGAGAGCGAGAAGACCGUGCAGGGCGCCCUGGACAAAGCCAGAGAGGGCCGGACGUGCAUCGUCAUCGCCCACCGCCUGUCCACCGUGCAGAACUCGGACAUCAUCGCCGUCAUGUCCAGGGGCUUCGUGAUCGAGAAGGGAUCGCACGACCAGCUCAUGGCGCUGAAGGGAGCCUACUACAAGCUGGUUACCACGGGAGCACCAAUCAGCUAACGUGCUCGGGGGCAGGAGGGGGAGGGGCCAAUCACAGCAAGGCGGCAAAGAGAAACGAGUGUCAGGAGCAAUGAGACCGAAUGCCAAUACACAGCGGAGGAAAUACGUCUUUGAUGAUGAGUUUGCCCGCUUGCAAAGAAAUGAACGAUCUUUCAUUUUAAGAGACAAAAACACACACAAGUUAUAUAUAUAUUUGCGUGUAAAAUAAGUAUUUGACUCAGCACCUGGUGGCAGCAGAGGUCCGACGUGUCUUUGUUGCCUCGGCCGUCUAUAUUUUGGGUCAUCGUCGUGCUGGAAGACCCGUUUCCAGUGACCUGGCUGAGGGAAGGAGGUCGUCGGCCUCGUGGCCUCGCCCGUCCUGUCCCCUGAGAAGAGAAACACUCCCAAUACAUCAUGUUUCCACCUCUUGCCAUGGGGGGGAUGGUGGUCUUUAUUAUGAAUCUAACCGGUCUGUGGGAGCCAUCAUUCUUGCUGCUUCAAAAACAUCACAGGCAAAUCCAUUUAUAACGUAUAUAUGAUGUGACUUUCUGGAUUUUGCUAAAAUUAUUCCGUCUCCCAGCUACCAUUAAAAUGAUAGAUCCUAAUUAUAGACCGGUCAUUUCUUUGUCAGUGGACUCAGGCAUCAAAUACUUAUUUUCCUUCACUGUACACCUCUUCACUCUUACAGUAUUUAUUUCACACACUUAAUUAGGGGGAAAGGAAGUGACUCAUUGCCUUCGGGUUGUGUUGGCAGUUGUCUAUACGCUUCAUUCAGGAGUGUAUCCCACAAUCCACCCCGGUCUACUGUUCAGAACCAGAGCUCUAACAAUACCCAACACACUUAAAGAAGAUCAAUUCCAUGCCUAAAUAUUAUUUAUAUUAUUUGUGUCCAAACACUUUGCAGUUAUACUUUUACACAUGGUUACUAUUUACUGUACGCUCACUGUAAUAAAGGGAAUAUAUUCUUCUUGAUGAGUGUGACCAGAAUAAUAUUGGUAUGUAUUAUAAUUAUAUAUGAAAUAUCAUUUUAUUAACAGUUUUGACAAAAUGCAAUAGUUCCAGAAAUAAGCCUUUUUGCUUUCUUGCCAAGCACUAGACGUAAAGAUUGAUACCUCACAUGCCUAUAUGCUAAAUAUGAAGCUAGAUCCAGUGGCUAGUUAGCUUAGCAUUAAAUCUGAAAUCAGGGUGAAACAGUGAGACCGGCUCAGUGAGCUCUGAAGCUCUCUAUCUAUACUAACAGUCAGGUUUCCCUCCCCAGUUUUGAUGCUAAGCUAACUAGCUGAUGCUAGCUAGCGUUCGGCUAAGCUAACCCUCUGCUGGCUCUAGCUUAAUGAUUAAUGUACAGACAUGAGUGGUAUCCAUCUACCCCGUCUAAUGCUCGGCAGGAGAGCAAAUUAUUUCCCCAAAUGUCAAAUCAUUCCUUCUUAUAAUUCGGGGACAGACACCAUUCAAAACUGUCACGCGCUUUUAGAUAAUUCCCUUUAACCGAUCAGAUGUAUUUCCUCCUCUCGGUUUCUCAUUGUGUGUCUUUUUUCUCCACCGUCAUCCGAUUGUGAAUUGAACGCCGUACGCGUCGUCUUAUGUUUUUUGUAGCUUUAUGUGGGAAUUGAAUAAAAACCAUCAAAGUG